AUGGCAGAGGAUGGACUUCAGAAAGGCGCCAUGUUUAUGGCAGGUCUGACUCUGUUGCAGUCUCUCCGUGUGGCUUUAACUGGAGCAAAGUUUGCACUUGAUAGAUUUAAAAUUCCUCAGCAGUAUGCCAGUUCGUUCAUUAACAUGGUCCAUAAUCCUAUGGAGUUGGCAACGUUUACUGGAAUGGCUAUUAUAAAUAUAAUAGCGCUUACUACACCCUGGUUUAAGACGUGGUUUGCCGCUGUAACGAAUUUGGCACUAUGCUGGUCAUUUGUCCUGCUCCUUUAUGCAUUCACUUCUGGAGGUCAAAUGGGACGUCUUACCUUCUAUUACUGGGCUAUCGUAUUCGGUUCAUUUAUCUAUGGACUUAAUGUAGCGUGUGUGAUGAACGUUGGAAGUUCAAAUGCUUCCCUUUUCAGUGUAGGAAUCCCUCUCUCUGGUAUCCAAGUCUGCAUCUACUACUAUGUCUUCACUAAACUUGCCAAGAAACAUAACUGGUCGAACGUUAGCUACUGGAUCAUAGUCUGGCAGCUUAUCAUUGCUAUAAUUAUAUCACUAAUCUCAGCCAUAGUGUGGGCAUAUGCCUAUUCUUGUGAUUAUGGCGAAUUGGCUGUAACUGCUGAUGGUGGUGAUAGUAGUGGUCAACCUAGUGCUGGUGCUGUCUCUCCAAUUCUGAUGGGAAUGGUUGGUAUGGGUGGUAUCUACGCAUUUUAUCCUGCCAUUGCUCCCUAUAAAUUGACAGAUGUUGGCACUGGCUACACUAUUGAUCUUGUUGUUUUAUUCAUGAGUGCGGUUCCUGGUAUUGCUAUUGCCAUAGUCACUUUAUGUGCAUCUGAAAAGGGUCCACAUAAACCAUGGAGUAAUGGUAAUUGGGGAUGGAAUUUUGCAUGGAUUCUGGCAAUUCCACAUAUUACCGCAAUGAUCUUGUGUUUGUGCACACUUCAUUAUCCAGAUAGUGGACUAGCAAGUUCUAUAAAAAGUAGUGGAGCGCUUGUCGGAGUCAUUACUGUGACAUUAAAGUUUUGUGAAGAGGGACUCAAGGCAGUAUCAUAUGCUGGAGGUGGUGCAUAUGGAGGUGCUAUUUCGGCUGUUAAUGCCUUCACAUCCCAAGGUUUAAUGAUCAUAUUGGCCUUUACUGGAGAUGGUUAUCUAAAGACUUAUUCCAAGUAUGAGCAUGAUCGUGAUAAAUGGCCUACUAAGGAUUUUGGCUUCUGGAAGUCCUUAGGAUACUGGACAUGGAAUGGAAUGAAGGUGGCAUGUAAGAGUGUUAAGUCUUCCUUUACUAAGAAUGUUAGAUGCAAAGUUUUGGGUAAAUCAGAGGCCUUACUUAUCGUCUAUGAAGAUGAGGAAUUUUAA